AUGUUCGACCUUGGGCAGAUCUGCCACGUUCGACCUUGGGCGGGUCGACUCAGCAUGUUUCGGAGGGCUCUUGGAAGGAACGACCCCAAUACCCUCAAUCCGCCGUUGUGUCGGUGCGGUUCCAUAGCACACAGAACCAAACACCGAGAGGUCGCUGGGUGUGUGGGCCUUGGUUCGGCCGCCUUUCGACGACCGCUUUUCACCGCCCCGCGCCUUCGGGUUCCGUGCGAAAUCAGGUUCCGAAGAGUCUUCGUCUUCGAUGCAGGGCGUGUGGUGGAGGAAGGCACUCCGGAGAAGUUGAUGGCCCAGGACUGCCUGCGGGAGAAGAAGAAUGGUCGGACGCUGAUUCUGACCACCCACUUCAUGGACGAGGCGGAAGAGCUCGGGGACCGGAUCGCCAUCAUGGCGGCCGGUCGCGUGAAGUGUGUGGGCUCCUCACUCUUCUUGAAGUCUCAGUACGGCGUGGGCUACACCUUGACCAUUGCCAAGGCUCCACAGAUGACCGAGGAGCAGUCGGUGGCGCUGCGGACCUUGAUCACCUCGAAAUGCUCCAAAGCAGAGGUCUUGAGUGAUGUAGGUGCAGAGCUGACCUACCGGAUGCCCUUCGAAGAGAGUUCGCGCUUUCCGGAGCUCUUCGAGCAAAUGGAGCAAGAGCCCUUGCGCUAUGGCGUGGAGCUCUUCGGCGUCUCCGUAACGACGCUGGAGGAGGUCUUUCUGCGCGUGGGCCGCGACCACACCGAAGCCGAUGUGGCGGCGGACGAGCGCUUGCAGCAGGCCAGCUUCGUGCGGCAGAUCUCCCAGGAGCGCGAGGCCCGGCGCAGCGGAGUCAGCCAGCGGAGUCCAUCGGCGGUGCGGGUCUCCACCGAGGCUUCAUCCGAUGCUGCAGUGCCCCUCACCAAUGACAGGAUCGACCCGUCGUCUACGGCGAGCUUUGGGAAGCACGUGCAUGCGCUGCUCACCAAGCGCUACCACAACGCUCGAAGGGAUCGAAAGGCCUGGUGUUGCCAAGUCUUGCUGCCCUUAAUCUUCCUCUUAGCCGCCCUGCUGACCAUGCGCUUCGCAGGGAUCGGUGACUACCAGGCGGCGCCGCUGAGCGUUUCGGCACUGCCAGGGCCUUCAGAGCUGGUGCUGGUGCCGGGGCACAAUGUCUCCGCGGAGGCGGUGCAGGCGUUGAUGGCGCAGAGUGGCCAGCAGAUCCACCAGGUUGAAGGUCCUAUGACCGCCUUGGAGUUCAGCAACUACUUGGAGGACACCUACUACCGCAGUGAUUCCCUGCACCGCUGGGGUGCCCUGCGCGUGGUUCACGUUCCAGAUUGGUCCUCGCCCAACACCUCCUACAAGGUCGGCGCCUUCGACGUGGCGGGCUACGCCCGCCCGGGCCGCGUGGAGUCGGCGGCGAUGAAUCUGACGGUGCCGGUGGGCACCUUGUGGAACGAGAAGGCGACGACGCUGCUGGGCACCACGGUGCCUCUAUCCCGACUGAACAACCGCUUGCAGGUGGAUUUGUUUUGGAACUCUUCGGCGCGUGAUGCGCUGCCCAUCUUCUACCAGAGCAUCCACCAAGCAGCACUCAGUCAGGCGUUGGGUGCUGAUGUGCUCAAGGAUUCGAAGAUCAAGAUGAGCAACCAGCCCUUCCCGCUCACAAGCGCACAGAAGGAUCUCACCAACACACAGACGUCCCUGAAUUUGGCUUUGGGUUUCGCCUUCAUCCCUGCCUCUGUGGGUGCCUUCGUGGUGCUGGAGAGGGAGACAGGCAGCAAACAUCUGCAAGUGAUUAGUGGAGUGAACUUUGUGAGCUACUGGUUUUCGACCUGGAUCUGGGAUAUCCUGAACUACUUGGUCGCUGCCACGCUGUCCGUGCUGCUCAUCGCACUCUUUCAAGUGGACUCCUUGAUCAGUGCGGAGAUCUUCCCUUGGACUUGUCUCUGCGUGUUGAUGUACGGGAUCAGCUGCACUUCGUUCACCUAUAUGCUCUCUUUCCUCUUCAACUCCCACACGGCAGCGCAGAACUUGUUGCUGAUCAUUUACCUCUUCACGGGUGGAAUUUUGAUGAUCGUCACCAUCAUCCUGAGCAUUCUUCCCAGCACCAAGGACUUGGCGCGGAACGUGUUGAUCUACCUCUUCCGGAUCUUGCCCAACUUCUGCCUGGCCGACAGUUUGACGAACUUGAUUACGCGUCAGAACCCGGGCUUGUGGUUGGGCGUGGGAUGUCCCUUCGAAGGCUGCGAGCCCUAUGCGUUGGUCAUCGCAGGUUAUGAUUUGCUCUACAUGGGCAUCGGUAGCAUCGUCUGGUUCGCCGCCACCCUGCUGCUGGAGCUGGCCUUUGCGACGCCCAAGCUGCGCGCCUUCUUCCAGCUGCGACGCAUCGACGUGCCGCGCGAGCCAGGUGAGCCCUUGGAUCGACAGGUGCAGCUGGAGAAGGAGCGAGUGCAGAGUGGUGCGGCUGACGAGGAGAUGGUGGUGCUGAAGGGCUUGCGGAAAGUGUUCGCUGGCCGCUCGGGAGCGCCCAAGGUGGCCGUCGAGGACAUGUACUUUGGAAUCCCUGAGGGCGAAUGCUUCGGGUAUUUAGGUCUCAACGGUGCUGGGAAGACCACCACCAUGAAGAUGCUGACAGGAGAAGAGCUGGCGACCAGUGGGGAGGCCACACUGGGUGGCUUUGACAUCAAGACCCAGCAGAACCAGGUCCGGCGGCUGAUCGGCUACUGUCCACAGUUCGACGCGCUCAUCGGGACGUUGACGGCCCGGGAGCACCUGACGCUCUUCGCGCGGAUCAAGGGGAUGUCGGAAAGGGAGCUGCAUGCGUAUGUGGAUUCACUCCUGGAUCAACUGACUCUACGACCCUAUGCCGAUAAACAAGCCUUCUCCUUCUCUGGAGGAACCCGUCGGAAGCUCUCCUUGGGACUGUCGUUGGUGGGUGACCCACGCUGCAUCUUCUUGGACGAGCCGACCACAGGUGUGGAUCCAGAGUCACGGCGCUGCAUGUGGAAGCUCAUCAGUAGCACCAUGCUGGGACGUGCGGUGAUUUUGACCACACAUUCCAUGGAGGAAUGUGAGGCCUUGUGCAGUAGAAUCGGAAUUAUGGUCAAUGGCCGGCUGGUCUGCUUGGGAUCAGCCUCUCAAUUAAAAGCGACCCAUGGAUAUGGCUAUCAAUUCGAGGUCACCUUCGAGGCCUCGGGCGAUUUGGAGCGCGCGCACGCGAACUUGUUGGCCUUCCUCCAGAAGCAGUUCACCGGUGUCCGAGUGGAGGAGAGCGUGCCCACCCGACCGAGAGCACGGUAUCGGCUGCCCAAGGGGCAGAAACCCAUUAGUGCAAUCUUCCGAUUGGUGGAGGAGCGCAAAGCUUCGUUGUGUAUCUCUGAGUACUCCGUCUCGGAGACGACCUUGGAACAGCUCUUUAUCCAGUUCGCUCGACACCAGGUAGAGGAAGAUCCCGAAGAGGAGCUUGUGACACAGGCAGCCUCCUCUUCGAUGGAGAAGGAGAUCCCGUCUCGAGAGAUUCAGGUGCCCGAGGUGGAUGCAGGAAGAGCAUCUGGUGCGUGA